AUUUCCAUGGAUUUGCAAGUCCACAUAGUAAUUAAAUUAAUCUGUCAAUAUCCAUAUAUCCAUGGAUUCUAUCAAAAUACCAAAAUAUUUUGGCUGCUCCUCACACAAAAACCUUAGUGUAAGAUUACCUAGGCUUAGAUCAAAGUCGUCAAGUUCAAGCCAGAGCUCUUCAACAACUCCAAAAUCACCAAAUAUUUCACGACGAAACUCAUCAAGAGAAGACGAGUUUAGAGAAGUGUUCCGUCGUUUCGACACUGACAACGAUGGUAAAAUAUCAGCUUUCGAGCUACGAGCAUAUUUUGGAUCCAUAGGAGAACACAUGUCACAUGAAGAUGCUCAAGAAAUCAUAGACGAACUCGACACGGAUGGUGACAGUUUCAUAGAUUUUGAAGAUUUUAAGAAAAUGGUGGUACAAAAAGAAGGAACAGGUGAUGAUGAAUCCUUAAAGGCAGCAUUUGAGAUGUAUGAAGUUGAAAAAGGUUGUGGUCGAAUUACUCCUAAAAGUUUACAGAGAGUUUUGAGUCGUUUAGGGGAUCCAAAAUCUUAUGAUGAAUGUGUCACUAUGAUACAAGUCUAUGACACUGAUGGUAACGGAGAACUUGAUUAUCAUGAAUUUCGCCAAAUGAUGACGGCUUAAUUAAUAAAUAAAUCUAAUUAUAAAUUUUAAGUAAAAAGUAAAACAAAAAUUUAAAUAAGGUCAAUAUUAAUUGAGUGAACUGAGAUGACAAACAAGAAUAGAAGUGGAAGCGCCCUUCUUUCAAAGAGAGGAGGACGGGUUACUCAUAUUUCAUUUGAUGGUUGAAAGCUAUACAAUGAGAAUUCUAAAGAUUCCCCCACGGAAAAAUCUCAGGCAGCCUGAGGUUAAUUCUUGUCUGCAUGUCUGUAAUUGCUCUUUUGCAUGUUUUUGGUCUUGUAUUAUUUUUUGUUUUCAAUCUUUCAAAACAUUAUUUUCUGUACAUGGAUGAAUUGGAAGUAUGGCAUAUAAAUAUAUAUGCUUCUUGUUUGAUGUAUUAAUGGAAGCUAAGAACAUCUAAAAUUUCUAUUUA